CAUCGAGACCCACAUCUUUGUACCUUUAUACUUGAGUUUCUGCUCAUCUCCAACUCUUACUCAACCUGUAUCGAAAGAGUUCAACUCGUGUGAUGCAACUCAUAACGUUUCGCCGAGCAUGAACAAGACUUGAUUAUUAAGACACUUCUUCAUUACGGGCGUCGAUACCUGAAACGAUCUAGUCCUUUCCCCUGAUAGGACGACCACUUUGAAACCUCAUCCACCAAAAGCGACGUCAUCUCCACUUGUAAGAGAAGCAUUGACUGAUAGUUGACGUCGUUCGUUCAUCGUAUUUAUACCAUUUCCCUAUUUAUUUCCAUUAUGGCGAGCUUUAUCUCUUCAUACCUACCGUUUGGAAAACCAAAGGACGAAAAUAUGCCGGCGCCUGAGAAGAAUAGACAGUGGACGACGGGUCAGGAUGGCCUUGAUAAGCUUGCUUUUGGGGAGGGUGAAGUUCCUAAGCCGAAGGAGGGAGAGGUUUUGGUCAAGGUUCUUGCUGUUGGGUUGAAUUAUCGCGAUACUGAAGUUAUCAACGGCGAUUAUAACCACCAUGCCUCCAUCCAAGACACAGGCGCUCUGGUGCCUUGCUCUGAUAUGUGCGGCACCGUCAUUCAGAGCUCAUCGCCAAAACUCAAAGUGGGCGCUCGCGUCAUGUCCAUCUUUAACCAGACCCAUCUCACAGGCCAAGUCACCGAGAAAGACAUGGCCUCCGGUCUGGGUCUCCCUCUUCCGGGCGUCCUAACAGAAUAUCGCUGCUUCUCGGCCGAUGCUCUCGUCCCCGUGCCUGAGUACCUCUCCGACGAAGAAGCAGCGUGUCUCCCCAUCGCAGCAGUGACAGCCUGGAUGUGCAUCAACGGCAUGCGACCGCUCGGCCAACCUGCUGAUGGCGCUAAGAAGAUGGAGACUGUUCUUCUGCAGGGCACGGGUGGUGUAGCGAUCGCUGGGCUGCAGAUCGCCAAAGCAGCCGGCCUAAACGUCAUUAUCACUUCCUCAUCCGACGAUAAGCUCGAGCGCGCGAAGAAGGAUCUCGGCGCCGACACGGGGAUCAACUACCGCACGCACUGGGAGUGGCAAGAGCCCGUGAUGAAGGCGACGGCAAACCACGGCGCGGACAUCAUCUUCGAGACGGGCGGUGCGCGAACGCUCCGCAAGUCAUUCGACUCUGUAGCCUUUGGCGGGCUGAUCAACUGCGUGGGGUAUCUCGCUGGCAAGGAGGAGGAGCAGGACACCAGCGGACAGGUUGGUGUGAAUGUGCUCGCGCUGAGGAGGAAUGUGACGCUCAAGGGGAUUCUGAACGGGCCGAAGGAUCGGUUUGAGGAGAUGGUGGCGUUUUAUGAGAGGCAUUCGAUUCACCCUGUUGUGAGCAGGGUGUUUGGGUUCGAGGAGGCGAAUAAGGCGUUGGAGUUUUUGAGCAGUGGGCAGCAUUUUGGAAAGGUUGUUGUGAGGGUUUCGAAGAAGGAAUAGAGGAGAGAACUACAUGAGUUAUGAGAUAUAGAUGCUUGAUAUAAGGGAGUGUCAUUUGUGUUACGUUGCGUUGCUAUCGUGUUCAUUCGUUGUCGUCUAGUGUAGCACCAAGAUGACUUGGCAGUACAGUCUGACACAAAGAUACUUAAAUAACCAACAGUUAUGGUUAGAGAGCUGUGUAGAGGUCUCAUUAC